AGUUUCCAAUCUCUUGCAUACCCCGAGAGAAUUGAUAAUUUGCAGGGAAACGCAACAUUUUGUAGGAAAAUGUAAAGCAGAGGUCAUAAGGAAUGGCGUACAGGUAUAUGCGCCACGGGUUAUACACCAGGCGCAAAAAACUCACUGAAAAUGGCUUUAGACCCUUUGUAGACGAUCUCAUGUGGAACAUAACCGACUGGCAUUACAAGUACUACAUGAACAAGGUGGCCAGGGCGUCGCUACUCACCAAACAAAGAGAAAUUGAAGAGAUUUACCAGUGUAUAAAAGGGAAUGAUAAUAUGUUUUUACGGACUGCAACACCGAAUAUAGUUCCUUAUCGUAAACAAAGCAAUCCGUUUUGUUCCAAAUCGCAAAAUAUGUCAGGGUGGGAAUUCGAACAUCGGACAUUUUUAAAGACGCCAAAGCCGUAUCGAAACCGAAAAAUAGGUGGAACUGUAAUUUCAGUUCCUAAAAUGCCCAAGCACUAAUGUGACCCAGAACUAGACUGGUUUUAAUGCUAGCUUUGGGACAAGAGACUACAUUAAAUUGUUGAUAAAUCACAAAUUGUAAUUUAUACAUUUACUAAACGGAAGAUAUAAAAAAUUAACAAGUUAAUGAUCUUGGUAUUGUGGAGUUGGGGAUAGUACCAAGUUUUACAAAGUUUAAAUCGGAGAGAUCUUAAAAUGUCUAGUUUGUUCAAAAUUAAUUGUCCCUU